AUGUCGUUUGGCAGUGGUGGCGGAUUUGGGGGCUUCGGCUCGAGCAAUAACCAGAACACGAGCGGCUUCGGCGGAUUUGGCGCAAACAAUACCACGUCAGGCUUUGGAUCCAGCAACACUGGCACCACCGGUUUUGGCCAGAACACCAACACAGGCGGCGGCAUGUUCGGGGGCACCACCAAUACGGGUGGUUUCGGCGCCUCGACAGGUGGUGGCUUUGGAGCGAACACUGGCGGUGGAUUCGGUAACAAACCCGCUUUUGGCGGCGCCUCGACGACUACUGGUAGCGGCUUGUUUGGGGGUGCUACUGCGGUGAAUUCAGGGUCUUCGACUUUUGGUGGUUUUGGCGGUGGGGGCAACACCACGACCACAGCGUCGCCCUUUGGCGGUGGUAACACAGCUGGCAGCGGACUAUUCGGCAACAAUGCCCAAAAGACAGGUUUCGGCGCCACGGGCACCACGGGAACGUCACUGUUUGGCGGCGCAACUGCCAACACAGGGAGCGGCUUUGGUGCAAGCGGCGGCUUUGGGGCGACGAACAACCCAGGCAUCGGAGGCGGCGUCGGAGAUCCUCCAGGCACUGCAACUACCCCAUUCCAGGCCUUCAACGAGAAGGAGCCUACCACCAACCAAACCAACUCGUUCCAGAAUAUCUUGUUCCAAGAACCAUACAAAAAAUGGUCUUCCGAAGAACUCAGACUGACCGACUACGUUCAAGGACGGCGCCAUGGGAACGCCAGUGGGGCCGGGGCCUUUGGUGUCGGCUCCAACUUCGGUGGCGGUUUUGGCGCAAGCAACCAGACGACAAGCGCGUUCGGCGGGAAUACAGGCAACACCGCAGGUGGGCUCUUUGGCGCUUCCAACGCCAACGCCAAUGCCAGCAAUACCACGGGUGCCUUUGGCCAGACUGGAACAGGCGCCUUUGGGGCUUCUGCCAACCAAACAACCGGUGGAGGCCUGUUUGGAGGAAACAAGCCAAGUGGUGGCUUGUUCGGUGGUGCUCAGACUCAGCAGCAACAACAAGGUGGUGGCGGCUUAUUUGGAUCGAACACCGCUGGAGGUUUCGGCUCUACCGCUAAUGCCGCAAACAAUGCGUUCGGCGCUUCCAAUACGAGCACGAACACCGGUGGCGGCUUGUUCGGAUCCAACACGCAGGCAAGCAAGCCGCAGGGUACGGGCUUUAGCUUUGGCAAUGCAAACGCCGCGAACGCAACCACUGGCGGCUUUGGCAACACAGGCAGCGGAUUCGGCGCUUCAAACACCAAUACUGGAGGAGGCCUCUUUGGCAACGCUGGCAAUCAGGCCAGCGGCGGAGGCCUGUUUGGCCAGAACCAGCAGCAGCAACAGCAACAACAGCAGCCGAACGCUGGCAACGCCUUUGGAGGGGGUUUCGGAGCGCAAACCCAAAAUCAACAGAGCGGUGGAGGGUUGUUUGGUAGCAGUCAGCAAAAGCCAGCAACAGGCGGCCUUUUCGGUUCAAGCACGGCCAACACUACCGGCGGCGGCCUUUUUGGCAACACGGCUCAGCAACAGGGUACCGGUGCAUUCGGAUCGAACACCAACGCCGCAGGAGCCGGUGGUCUCUUCGGUGCCGCCAAGCCCAACACCUGCGGCGGUCUCUUUGGAGGAGCCACGGCUCAGCCGAACACAACUGGAGGUACGGGCCUGUUUGGUGGUCUGGGUUCGGCAACACAGGGACAACAAUCGACCGGCUCAUCACUUUUCGGUGCUGCUGGUAGCAGCACGCAGCAGAAACCUGGCGGCCUCUUUGGCUCGACGACCCAACCCGCCGGCUCGGGCCUUUUUGGGGGGCAAGGCAAUCAAAGCCAGGGCAGCUCCCUCUUUGGAGGCGUGAAUCAGCAGCAGAACCAGGGCGCAGGCCUCGGCGGUUCACUCUUGGGCAAUUCUCAGCAGGCCGGCAACACUCCCCAAGGGCUCACGGCGAACCUAAGCGACGUGUCGGCUUACGGGAGCCCAUCCCUGUUCGCCGGUGUUGGGGGCAGCGAAGUUUCCAACCCGGGUCCUCUGGCCACACCUUUGAAUGGAAACUCCAAACCACGACGGAGCUCCAUUCUGCCGAUGUAUAAGCUCGCCCCUGCCGCCGCGUCAAGAUUCGCCACCCCCCAGAAAAGGGGCUUUGGGUUCUCCUACAGCUCUUAUGGCACGCCGGGUGUCAGCCCCGCCAGCAGCAUUUCCAGCACGCCAGGCGCACUCGGUCGUAGUCUCCUUAGCUCCACCUCUGUCGGCUCGUUGAGCAAGAGCAUGUCGACUAACAAUCUUCGGCGGAGCUUCAACACAGAAGACAGCAUCCUGGCGCCUGGCGCAUUCUCGUCGAGCUCCAGCUCUCGCUGGUAUGGAAGCACUGGCUCGAAGAAGCUCGUUAUCAAUAGGGACAUUCGGAGCGACCUCUUCUCCACGCCUCAGAAGGACAGGCCCCUCAUUGAUGGCAGCACCAACUCUCGCAAGCUCUCGAAACGCGUGAGCUUCGACACAAGCACGGUUGACGGGGAGGAUAGCACACCAGUGCGGAGCGCCCUGCCAGCUCCUGAGGUGCCUACCGACCUUCCGGCCGAUGAGACCACCCCCCGGCAGAACAGGUCUUCCCUCGGAUCGAACGGCUCAAAGACCCCGGAGGUGGAACAGGUGAAGGGCAAUGAGCUUGCUAUUGUUCAUGAAGAGGACCACUCGACCACACCGGCAACGCCAAACUCCGCCGGUUUCGACAAUAUGCCAGGAGAGUACUGGAUGCAACCCUCGAAAGAGGAGCUCUUGGGCAUGAACCGGAUGCAGCGACAGAGGAUCGAUCGCUUCACUGUUGGUCGUGAGAAUGUCGGCUACAUCAUGUUUAAAGUUCCUGUUGAUAUCAGCGGCAUUGAGAUUGAGGAGCUGUGCGGCAAUAUCAUCCAGCUUGAGCCCCGCUCUGCCACAGUCUACCCAGUGCAGGCCAAGAAGCCGCCCGUUGGCAAAGGCCUCAAUGUGCCAGCAAAGAUCGCCCUGGAACAGUCCUGGCCGCGAGGUGGCCGUGACAAGCGAGUUACGAGCGAUCCCAAGCGCUUCAGCAAGCACAUUGAGCGACUCAAGCGUAUCCCGGACACAACGUUCGAGAGCUACGACAAAGAGACUGGUAUAUGGGUCUUCUCGGUCGAGCACUUUACGACGUAUGGCCUGGACGAUUCUGACGAGGAAUCUGACGACGAUAUGGUUCCUCCCAAGCCUAACACCACGUCGUUCGCCCCCCACCCACAACCGAUUGCUUUGGACGUGUCUGUCAACUCUGCUAUGGAUGACGACACCUUCGAUUUCAAGCAACACAAAGGGGUUCCUGGUGCAUUUGACCAACAGGAAGGGCUCUACCCGGAUGAACACAACAACCAGCAGCAGUCUUUUUUAGGGGCUAGCUCCGCGGAUUCGGCGGCCAACAAUGUUACGUUGUCACUCGAUGACGAGUAUGACGACAACAUGGGCGACGGAUAUGACCUGUCCGAUGACGAAGACAUGACGAGAUCUUCCAUGGGACUGCAUCAAGCCGCGGAGCAAGACGACAACUCGUCGGAGAACGAAGUUGAGACGAAGAGAGGUACACCCGGGGGGAUCCUCAGAGCCCGGAUGCGGGCGAUGAAGGAUUCCGUUGGCCCGGUGCAGUUGGAGGUUGCGGAUGGCGACGACUGGAUGGAGAUGUUGCGGAAGACAGUGAGCCCUGUCAAGAAGGACCGUCAGCUCCUGCGAGAUUUGAACGAGUCGCCGUUCAAGCAGAUGGGCCAAGAAGUGAACGUCGAUAAUCUCGAACACGAUGGCCGGAAAUCAUCGAUAUGGACAAGGGGUUUCGGCAAGGUGGGCAAACCAAGCACCGCGGCUGCAACCAGUCACUUGACUGCAGACAAAGGUCGCGGGUUUGCAACCAGCAUCGACUUGAUGAACUCUUUGUUCGAGAAACCGAAACCCACUCGGCAGAACCUCCGUGCUUCUGCCUCAGCCAAGGGCUUCCCACAGUGGCCUUAUGACAGACAGGACAAAACGCUCGCUGUGGACGGGGCAGACCAGGCAUUUCACGGCGCCUCGCGGCCGACUUGGGGUCCCGAUGAGACCUUGGUUGUGACGCGAUCACUGAACAAUAUGCAGUCGAGUCGUGCCAUUCACAACAACUCGGAUGUUUUGACCCUUCAACGGUCUGGCAUUCAAACUGGGCGGCAGGAUCUCCGCCUAGGGAGGCUCUCCACUGGGUCUUCCAAAAAGUUUCUCCGCGCACAGGAUCAAGUCACUGAAAUCCGGGUGAUCGAUGGCGUGCCAGCCGCAAUCUUGCACGCCACUCGGCUUCAAGAGUUGUUUCAUCACCAGGACAUGAAUGACCCGAUCAAUAUUCACGAGCAGCGUGUUUGGGAAUUGGCGGGUAUCCUUUUCGACAGUGUGGCCGGCUCGGACGCCGUCGAACCCGACCAUAUCCAACGAAAGGCCCGGCUGUCUAAGUUCUGGACCGACCUUGUGGAGCCUGCCUCGAGCACAAAUAUUGGGCUCGCCGGCACAAAUGAAGAGAAGGCCGUUGCCUGUCUUGCGGGACAUCGAAUCACCGAGGCCUGCCGGCAUUUGCUGGAAGGCAAGAACUUCAGACUGGGAACCUUGAUCCCGCUUAUUGGCACCAGCGACACCGCCAAAAGCGACAUGAAAGUCCAGCUCAAGGCCUGGCACGAUUCGAAGAUGCUGUCUGAGUUCACGGAAGCGGUUCGAACGAUUUACGAACUUCUUGCUGGAAACGUGAGUGUUUGCGAUGGCAUGAAGGACGUGCCCGUGGAGGACCGAAUGGAGUCAUUCGUGAUCGCAAAGAAGUUCGGCCUGGAUUGGCGGCAGUCGUUUGGACUGCGCCUCUGGUAUGCAACCGCACCGACCGACAGCGCCGCCGUGGCAGUGGGUCUGUUCCAGGAGGACAUUCAACAAGAUCGGGAAGAGUUGCCCAGGCCUUGGUACACGGAGCAGGGCAUUGUCCCUCUCUGGGAUGAUGCAGCCUCAACGAACCGACAGGAUCUCCUCUGGGGCCUUCUUCAACUUUACGCCGACAAGGACGCCGACCUGGAGGCCAUUAUCCGCCCAGAAAACUCGCAGCUAUCACCUCUCGACACCAGACUUUGUUGGCAACUCGGUCUCGCUUUGACAUCAACUGGAAAGGUUUCAUUUGGACAAGACUCCGCAGCAAAGGCAGAUGCGGCCACGUUGUCUUAUGCGGCGCAGCUCACUGCUGCGGGAGAUUGGCUAGAGGCAGCGUUCGUUUUGCUGCACCUCAGCGACCGAACAGCCCGUAUGAAGGCAUUGCAGGAGCAUCUUUGCCGACAUGCUGGGCUGAUAGGACCCGAAACUGGGGCAACGUUCACGCUCCUCACUGAAAAGUUCCAGAUACCCGCUGCAUGGCUGUGGGAAGCACUGGCCCUCUACAUGCGCAGUGUGCGAAAAGACGCCUCGGCCGAGGUCCACUGCCUGAUUCAAGCAGGAUCUUUCGUGGAGGCGCAUCGAGUGUUGGUCCACCAGGUUGCCCCCCGCGCCAUUAUCGAACGUGAUUACGCCACCUUGUCGGCGCUUCUAUCACAGUUCGAUGGUCGGCAUGAGACGGUGACGGAGUGGAACCAAGGUGGGGAGAUUUACAACCUUUUCCUCAAGCUUAUACAGCACCGUGGCAGAGGCGAGACCGCCCCGGCCGCACUCCUCGAGAAGCUGCUUGCCAAUCUCGGAGCGAUGAAUCGUGGCGUCGGUGACUCCGAGGUCAUGCGAUACGCUGCAGUGUCGGACAUGGCGGACGAGACGGCGAAGGAGAUCUUCAAGCAGGCCAAAAAGAAGCAGGACGCUGAACUCCGAUCUCAAAUUCUGGCCCUACCACUUACACAAGAUCGCCUGCUGGCCUACUCUGUCGAUCUCAGUAUGGAGGUGUUUUGA